AGACGGAAACUCGAAUCGUACGGAACACACUAGAGACAGUUAUCUAACUUUCAUUCAACUUAAAUAUCAUAUAUGACUGUUCUUUGCUUGGAUUAUAUUUAUAAGCUUAUGCCACAGCCUACCAACAAUAACGGAGGCGGCCCAUCAGAUCGGAAAACGGUUGAGAGGGUAAGUGAAUUUUAAUUAAUUACACAUUUUUAAUGACUAAUUUGUUUGUGUAUUUACAGCUUGAAUUUACUUUCAGUUGUUGAAUUAAUAACAUAACAUAUUUAUUUUUUAAAAGAAAACAUGAGCAUUUCAGUCCGAUGAAUAAUACUGAUGCUGCAAGCUAAGAACUUGUUAUUUCAGACUGAAACAAGUUCUGAGUAUGUUCUUUAAGGACUUGCAUAGAAAUUAGGCAUUACAACUAUGACAGUAAAUUUAAUUUUUAAAAUGACAUUUUUAAUUUAAAUGAAAUAGAUUAUGUCUACAAUGACAAUUCUAGGUGAGCCAGUGACUUCAACAAUCCAUUUAGCACGAUUAUAUUUAAAGUAGACUUAAUCAGUAAUCUUAAACGUAAUGUUAUUUUUAUGACAUAGGUCAUCAAUCAAUCAUAUUCAUAUUACAUGUUGUGAUAUUGAUAUGAAUGAUUUAGAAUUUAGGCAUAUCCUAUAUACUGUUACAAAUUAAAUUGCUCAUAUAGUAUGAGCAAUUCUGUUGUGUUUGCUACUACUUGCAACGCUUCACAACUAAUCUAAUUCUAAAGAUUCCCAUGUUUGCAAUCGCCACUAAAACGCCUGUUGGCAACCACCACCUGCAACCGUCACGACACGCUAAUACUACAGACUGACUGUGUUAAUCGAGUGGCUACAAUUACAAUUCAUGUUGAAACUAGGUCAGUUCAAACUAGCCUAAAUUGUAAUAUCCGCCUUUUCACUAACUAUCGAAAAGCAUGAAAUAGAGGAUGCUAAAAUAGUAAUUACAUAAGUCAGUGUGAUAUUUCCUUAUAUUAAGUAGCUAAAUUUAGUGGUUAAUGUUGGAACUGGACGGCGAGUUUGUGAGGAGGUAGGCCAUUUUGGGGGAGGAGCUUGUUUUGUUUACAAUUUUUCCACCAGCCAAAUCGAGGCUCUGCACUCUAUCGGUAAUGUCAAGGAAAAAGACUGGGCAUCGUAAGCAGUUUGUUGACAAAUUGUUGAGGAGUUGAGUAAAGGAAUGAACAUUUUAGUAGAUUAUGGGUGGGGUAAAGUCUUAAAAGAUCAUUUUAAAAUGAAAGAGAAAUAAUGUUGCUUGUCAUCAUGGCGCUAGUUCACCAGUAACGACAUAAUAUAAAUGUAGUAAUUCAGAUAAGAUAUAAUUUGUGUAUAAGUGUAGUAUAAUGUAAUGUGUCGGGUAGGUUGUGUGGCAUUCUAUUUACAUUUUAUUAGUCUUACGUGUUAUUAAGGGGUCAAUUAAAGUGGUGUAAAUAUUGUCUUGGGCUCCUGGUUAACUAUUUUGCUUCCCCUCCUACUCCUGGGAUAGCUCAUGGCUCAUGCGUAAGUUCAAUGGCUAUCCCAUCGGAAGGAUAAAGUGCGGUACAGAUAAUUCGUUGUAUUUAUCAACAAUUCACUUGGCCUUUCAGAUACUGGGGAUAUAUUUUAUUUCGAAAAUUGGUUUCCCCCACAAGCCCCCGGCUCAUUUCUAACUCAACUGUAGCGCCACCCACGUCUUGUUGACCACGUCGUGAUACAUAUCGUUGACAGGAAUGUUGAGUUUGGCGUGUUCUGUCCAGUCAACCAACUGAUCAGCUAAGCCUCGCUGACUCGAGCACAGACGUGCACUGUAGAAGUAGAAGCUUUACGCGCAGCUGUUGCGUACACCAUUGUUGUGUAAUCUUACCAGAGCACCGUGCUCAUAAUCACUCAUACCACACUGUUUCAUAAUAUAAUCAAAUGCACGCAAUGAGGUAUGAUCUUGCUAAGAAGGGCCAUACUCUUGGCCCAGCUUGAUAUAUUCGAUGAGGGAACUGUUCAAAUGAACAGAGAAUCUGAAAGGACAUAACUUGCCGAAAGUUCAAGUCAUGUAUGUUUUAGCUGUGCAAAUGUUUCGUAACGAAAGCAAACAUUACCCCAGUUACGAAAGUAACUAGAUCAGCGUGACCUUUGGCACUCGACCCCGUAUUUUAUUAUAUUUGUUUGUUAUUGCAGGAUUGAUCGUGCUGGUGCCCACCACCUCUCCCCCCCCCCCUCCCCCAGGCCGACACCUUUAUAGAAUUGAACCACUUAGUGAAGUGUAUUUUUACCAUUUACAUAAGCUACCAGAGGAGAUUAAUAUCCUUAACGGGUUCAAACUGGGGGGACAUGGCCCACCCCCCCCCCACCCCAUUGGUAGCAAACAUGUAUUUUAUAUCCAAUGUAGCAUGUCCUCGUUAUCGGACGGCGGCCUCGGUGAGGUCAAUUGACGUGUUGUUUCUUUUCUCUCUCUAAAAUUGGUUGGCCUCGUUUUUUUACCACCCCACAGCCAGAGAUUACAGGAGGUGUCUAGCGAACUCACUGCAAAGCUUGGUCCAGUUCAUGUGGAGCUAGGAGGGGUGCGAGGGUGCUUUUGUUGUUGUUGUUUCUUUGUUUUUGGCGUAGACUUGUAAUAAUUAUCACAUUUUAAUGUGCUUUUUCGUUGCGGUACUCACAUCUGUUAGUGUUAACGAUACUAUAAACAAUAUUACAACAAAGACAGCUGUAGGAAUCGUCCCAUUUAGUUUGAGCGUUAAUGACACUUUCUUUGCAUAGUUUGACAUUUAAUGACACUUUCUUUGCAUAGUUUGACAUUUAAUGACACUUUCUUUGCAUAGUUUGAUAUUUAAUGACACUUUCUUUGCAUAGUUUGACAUUUAAUGACACUUUAUUUGCAUAGUUUGACAUUUAAUGACACUUUCUUUGCAUAGUUUGACAUUUAAUGACACUUUCUUUGCAACAGGGUGCUCGCCUUUAGGAAAUAAGAAAAAAAAAAGUGUUUGUGUGUGGGGCGGGUGUGGUUUGGGAUUGCGCCCACGGCCCGUGGCCCACGGCACAUUGCUUAAUAACCCAGAGUUGGUUUAUAGUGCCAUAGUGUUUGUUGGUGAACGGGUUGUGUUGAGUUGUUUCAUCAUUUCCGCUCUGUUUGCAGAGACUCAUUGUCCGUCGCCUAGCACGUCCGUCCGAGUGUCUCGCAGUAUGGCAAAUAGAUUGCUGAUAUCAGUAGACACACGGCAUCUGACCUCUUUCGCUUCGUCAACACUGGCUGGUGUCACCAUCCCCUUUGCCCAGCAGAGCACGGCCCGCCCCUCAUUUGACCACAAAUAUGUCCAGUAUUGCCUGCAAUCUCAACCCAACCCAGUUAGCUUGGAAUAACUUCCAACGGGGGAUUGGUAAUUUGAAGGAGAGAUUCUUAUUAAAUAGUCAUAGUAGGUCGGUUUAAAAAAACAACACAUUUACACAAGGAACAUGGUGUCCUCGUGAUUAUUGGUGUACCGGUAAUGGGUGGCUUGAGGGCCCCAGUUAUGACUGGAAGACUUGGUGUGGGCCUCAGUCAUGACUGGAAGAAUUGGUGGGCCUCAGUUGACAUAAAAAUGUAAGUCAUGAGCUAUUUGACUCUUGUAAUGUCAAUUAUAUUAACAUUAUUGUCAUUAUAAUAUUAUAUUAACAUUAUUGUCAAACAGUUGCAAAGAGCCUAAUUAUGUAUCAAAAGAACAUUACUUUGUUUUGAUUUCUGUUAUGUAAUUUUUUUUUGUGUAACUUAGUAUGCAGGAUGGUGCGGAGUCACUAUGGCACCCCCCCCCACACACACACCUAUAAUGCGGACACCCCCACCUAUCUUUGCUACGGACACACCCCAGCACAGUUGUCUGAUUUCUGUAGGUCCUAUACUGUUGUUCCAACACAGCUUUUUAUUCCGAUGUUCUCGUGUCCCGCAUCACACUAGGCGCCUGUCUGCUGCACAGCGUGGUUGGGCGCCGUGAGAGGGAGGUGGGGGGGGGGGGGCGGGGAGGGGGGAGAAAAGGAGACAUGUCUGCAUGUCUGGGUCAGACCAGUAGACCUAAAUCUAAUAGGUCGGUGACAUCUCCCUUUUUUGUGGGCUUCUCUGAAAAGUUGAAAGUACUUCGAGUAUCUGCCAUUUUCGUUUAACAAAUACUGAUACAUGACCGUAGCCAGUCACGUGACGUGGUGGACAGCAUGUACUCUGUGCACACACUGUGAUCUAUGUACUCGUUAGAUUUGUUUGAAAUGAUCGCAUGGAAGGGACAUGUGUGUCUUUCUUUUGCGGGCUUGUGAUAGAGUCUCGUACGUAAGGCUAAGCCCUCCCAAAAUAGUAGAUGACGAGCCCCCUCCCCGUGAAUGAUGGACCUCACGUAGUGACCACUCAUAACUAAUCAUAAUAAUAAUAUAUUUGUUACAGUUCCGCGACCCUCGUGUUAGCACACCGACACAAAGCUGCUUGGGGCGGGCAGGGACGCUUUGUGCCGUCAGUAUUGAUCGAACCCGAACUUGUUUACAUCCCGCAACGCCCUGACCUCGUGUCAAGGUCGCUGUGGCCUUCUGGAAGAAUCUAGCACAGCGUUGAAGGAAUUUGUUAUAACUGCAGGUCAAUGUCAGCAACAGCUUUCUGAUACAAACAGGAGCGGGCAUUUGCACCAAACAGGAGCGGGUAUUUGCACCAAACAGGAGCGGGUAUUUGCACCAUUUGUAAAUGAUAACGAAACGGAGAGGUGUAUCGGGUGUAAAUGAUGAAAUAAAUGAGAAGUGUUGCAGGUGUAAUGAGAAGUGUUGCAGGUGUAAUGAGAAGUGUUGCAGGUGUAAUGAGAAGUGUUGCAGGUGUAAUGAGAAGUGUUGCAGGUGUAAUGAGAAGUGUUGCAGGUGUGCACGUUCGUCUGGUCGCCGAAAGCAUCACAUUAAGUUUUGAUUGCAAGAUAUACCUUGAUGGGUAGGUGCUCAUAUACACCCUCUCUGGGGCGUCUUGGUGGGUUGGUGCUCAUAUGCACCCUCUCUGUGACUUAGAUUUUUUUUUUAAAUAAAAGAACAUAAAUAAAAAAUAUAUAUAUUUUUUUAAAACUGAACCAUCCUCGGGUAACUCGAUCCGCCCAUGCCCAUGUUAUUUUUCUCACUCUGACCAACAGUCCAAGUUCUUACGCCUCUGCAACUAAGUCUUGUGCUUCCUUGUUCUUUGAAAUAUAGAUCUAGGCCCAAUAUACAAUAAAAAUAAUAUUUAUGAGUGUAUAACUCACUUAAUAGAAACGUAGCCUUUGAAUCAAAGAUGAAGAAUAUGGAACAAAAUAUUAGUCUGUUAUUAGAUCGUUAACAGCAGAGUCCGCCAUGUUAAAUCCCAAGAUAUCAACAAAAGUGUGUAGUCAUGGGAAACGCACGUGAAGCUUCUCGAAGCGGAAUAUAUUUCCGAGUUUGGGCUAAAAAUAUCCAGAUAAAUGUACGCCAGCAAGGUCAUGUAUUCAAGGCCACUGCGUGAUCAAUAUAUAUUUUUUAUUUUUAGAAAGAAUAGGUUCACUGUCUAGCAAUACUGUAGCCUCGUUUAGAAGCUCAGUGGGGGCUAUUUAUAGACGCGCAGUUUUAAAAAUCGUAAUUAAACAAAGUUGUCUAGGUAAAAAAACCAACAAUUUCUUCAUUUGGAAGGGUUUGUUUUGUCUUUUUUAUAGAUUAAAACAAACAAACAAAAACACACUACCAUUUAAAUUUUAAAAAAAAUAGUUAAUAAAAUAGACGAAAUCCAAAAUAGGUUUGUUUAAAAAAAAAGCAUCAACUAUUUUGUUGAAUUAAUCGGCUUCUGGUGUAGCGGGCAGACAAAUUGAUUUAUCGCAGGGCUUACCUGAAAUGUCUACAAACUUUGAAAUUCGUUGGCGACUCAUUUCAAUGUAAUUAUUUUGUCAUCACGGCAAAUUACGGCACCGGAUUUAUCGCGCAUUAUUUAAUGAUGGCGCGGACAGGUUGUAUUUUUUUGUGCGGAAAGGUUGGGGUGAGGGAGGGGGGGUGGAAGUGAUUUAGCAAUUUGCUCUUGACAUUGGCUUUUUGUGACGUCACGUCCACGUCACUUUAUUCAUCACCGACGCGUAUAAAUACGGGUGAAUCGGUGGAGUCAGUAAACCAUUUCAAGAGUCGCAGUCCUGGUGUGUUAGUACCGUUGCAAUGGCUUGGCUCUAGAAGUCGGUCCGUAGCAUGAGUCGUCAUCACAUGAUGAAAUAGGUCACCGUCUAGACAAAGUGAUGACACUUUGGCCACGCAUUGCCAGCCGUUCGGAUGUGAGCCGCUCCUCCGGAGGUUCUAGAACAGUUGUGGCUGGACUGUGUUGAUUUGUACAUGUGCUGGUAAGGUGUGUACGUAUGUGCGUACGUGGGCUAGUGGGGUGUGGACGUGGGCUAGUAUGGUGUGAUAUAACAGGCUUCAGGUGACAUCUAGUAGCUUUAUUAUCCAUUGACCAGCAUAGAUCGCUGUGUUUGACCCAUGUUCGCUGUAUAGUUGACCCAUGUUUGCUGCUCCCAGUAAUGUCCAGUGACACCUUGGUUCAGAGGAUGAGCUUGUAAGGGGGGGUCAAGGGUCAGUGUCACCUGACGUUGACUCAACGUAGCCUUGUUCGUAUGUUUACGGCACGCGCUUAUCGUGUCAUCGCCGUCGCUGCGCUUAUAAGUGGCGCACAGGGUCAGCCGGUCAAAGUUCACAAAUGUAAUUCCCCCCCCCCCCCCUCUAUUUUAUGGGGGCGGGGGGGACACAAAAAAAAAACCUUUAUCGUAUGUUUACGGCACGCGCUUAUCGUGUCAUCGCCGUCGCUGCGCAUAUAAGUGGCGCACAGGGUCAGCCGGUCAAAGUUCACAAAUGUAAUUCCCCUCCCCCCCCCAUAUAUUUAAUGCGGCGAGGUGAUAUCAAAACAAAAAGCUUUUCUCAGAUAAUGAUAACAAAGUUUUGUAUACGUUAAGGCUGGUACGGUUGGGGAGGCUGGUACGGUUGGGGAGGCUGGUACGGUUGGGGAAGCUGGUACGGUUGUUUCUUGCGAAAUAUUCCAGUUGAUUUAUGAUUAUAACAAUGAAUCACUUGUACUCUCUGGCAGGUCAGUCAAAAAAUAACUUCCAUUCAUAAGAUUAGAAUGGCGAUUUGAUAAUAUGAGCACAAGGGGGUUAUUGUUCGAUGAGUCAGGUCGAAUCAAAGGUCAAAAUAAGUAGGCCACAUUGUUAACAAUCAUGGCGUCCAAUUAAAGAAAUUUAAUGAAGGUGAAAUGAAUUGGCGAUUGUCAAUAAUUCGUUCCUGAAUAGGUUUUAUUACUUUACCACCAUCCAGUUUGUUUGGGUAAUGGAAUGUUUGUUUGGGUAAUGGAAUGUUUGUUUGGGUAAUGGAAUGUUUGUUUGGGUAAUGGAAUGUUUGUUUGGGUAAUGGAAUGUUUGUUUGGGUAAUUGAAUGUUUGUUUGGGUAAUGGAAUGUUUGUUUGGGUAAUUGAAUGUUUGUUUGGGUAAUGGAAUGUUUGUUUCUGUAAUUGAAUGUUUGUUUGGGUAAUGGAAUGUUUGUUUCUGUAAUAGAAUGUUUGCAUAGUUCCGGGUGCUACCGUCAUCAUUCCUCUUAAUGGCGAAGUAUAUCGGAAUUUAAAAAACAAAAAAAAAACCUAAAGCUAGCGCCUGUUUAAUGAAUGAUUAGUUUCUCCUGGAGUCUAGCUGCGGUGACAACUCCUUGUUUUACUGGUCACGUUGGCUUAAAACUUUAGCUCACAGAAAUGUAAUUGCACACGUACACGUAGAAAUGUAAUUGUACAAGUGCCCUUAUCAUGUGUGUACAGUGUGUGUACGUGUGGAAUCUCAUCCUGUUCAGCUUGGUGUUACGAGACACGGGUCUUUGUUUACUGGGGUAAGGAUGUUAGGGAUCACGUUUCUGUCUCUGACGGAGAUCACGUUUCUGUCUAUACGACGUUCGACGUCGAGUCACGUACUGAUGGGGUCUAAGGUCAGCGACACCCUGAAGACGGACACAGAGACACGGACACACUGUGACAUGUAGAGAUAUCCAUGUUCUCACUGACAAACAAGUGAUACAUACUUUUUUCCCUUCUUCAACAUAAAUUGUCACACUUCUCGGUCAGCUGUUUGUGGUGGAUGAGAUAAAUUAUCACACUUCUCGGUCAGCUGUUUGUGGUGGAUGAGAUAAAUUGUCCGGUGGUGAUGUGGACAAGAAAUAAAUGUUUGGUUGAAUUUUGGCUUCUCCGACUCUCUGGUGAGACUACGUCAAGAACGCGUCAGGUCUUAUCUUCUGCCGAUGUCAGCCAUUGCCUCACUAUGCACCCAAGUAUCACCAACUGACACUAAUAUGUUCAACUACAGACUACGUUUUUUUCUUCUUCUUUCCUAUCAGUGUUUUCAUUUGUUUCUCCAACAGACCAUGAGCAUAGGCGAAAACUUUGAGAGCAACACCAAAACAAUGGGCAAGCGUCCGGGCAAACGUCCGGGCCGGAAGCCGUCGAAGAUAGACGAGAGAGCAAAGCUGGAGCGGAGCAGACAGAGCGCCAGGGAGUGCAGGGCGCGCAAGAAGCUCCGGUACCAGUACCUCGAGGAGCUGGUGCUCAACAGGGAGAAGGCCGUGUUUGCCCUGAGGGAGGAGCUGGAGACUGUAAGUUUGAAUUUUUUUUUUUUAAUUUCAAUGUUCUCAUUAAGGGCCUUUUUCAAGAUUUAAACUAUAACAAAAAAAUAAAUAAUAAUAAUAACAAUUCUGAAACAUUCAGGUUAAUUUGAACAAAAAUUUAAAUAAAAUACAGGAGAAAAAAAAAAGUUCAAAUCAUUUCUUUACAAUCAAGGUUCUUGAUGUUUUCAAGUUUCCAUCGUGUUGUUUAGGGUAAGAUGUCUACCUUGUUGAUAGAACACCCAGAGAAGCGUUUUCUCUUAGCUGUCUUUACUCUUUAGCUGUCUUUACUCUGAGAUGUCUUUACUCUUCUGUCUCUAGGUGACAUCCUGUCUUUGCACUUCUGUCUCCAGGUGACAUAUCGUUUUACUCUUCUAUCGCUAGAUGACAAGCUGUCUUUACUCUUCUGUCGCUAGAUGACAUGUCUACAUUCUGACCUGUCAACUGUCUUGACAAUGUGAUGCUUAUCUAACUUAUUUGUCGGCGGUUCACUGCCGCCAAACAUCACAUACAAACAUCCAAGCAGACAGACGGACACAGAGAAUAAAGCAUUCGACUCCCAUCUGCUGACAUAAUUGUUAUAAAAAAACAUACUACUAGAAUCGUCAACGCUAAUGAAGAAUGGAGGCACAAGAAACACAAGCAUUCAAUAGUCAAAUAAUGAACGUAGUAGAGGAAAACAAAACACAACUUAAGAAAAAAACAAAAAUACAAUUAAACACAACUGACAAUAAGGGAGAAAAACAAUAACAGCUUAAAAUAACGAAACAAAAGCACGCGUUCCUUGUCAAUCCAACGGAACAAAUUAACAUAAAGCAUUUAAUACUAGCAAUGUCUUCUUGAAAAUAACAAAAAAUGUCAUAACAUUUAAGUAAUACGUUAUAAAAAUGGAUUCGAUUACACAUGACCCACAAAGAGGGACUUUGUUGAAGGUCUUGGCCAGAUUGUCAACAAUGGGCUUAUCAGGGCAUGGAACUGAUACCACACAUUACGUUUACAGACAGCAAGAGGUUUAUUUUUGUAUUACUUUUUUUGGCUGCUGCAUCUUAAACACAAGUCACAAUCGCGUUCACCUUUUUUAGCUCCGUUCCGAAUUCGUGAUAGAAAAAUUGAGAAAACAUUGAGCGGUAAGCUGGCGAUAUCUGGUAAGCUGGCGAUAUCGAUUGAUCUUUUAACAUUGAAAAGCCGAUAUUCUAAAGUGUUAAAAAUAAAAGAAAAUGUUCUUUCUAAGAAUUUGGCAACUCUAGAAAAGGCAGCGGUUCUCCGAGUCUAAAUAAAUGCUCUGUCCUUCUCGCUGGAAUUGUAUCAAGCAAUGAGGAGUCAGGCAUGCUGUCUUAUUUGAUGUCCUCAGCGGUCAGAAAAGACAAAUGUGUUAUCUUAUUAGGUGUCAUCAACGACCAGAAGACAGCUGUGUGUUGUCUUAUUUGAUGUCAUCAUCUGUCAGAAGAUAGCUCUGUUGUGUUUUUUAUAUAAUGUAAUGAUCUGUGAGAAGACAGUUACGUUGUCUUAUAUGAUAUAAUGAACUGUCUGAGAAGACAGUUAUGUUGUUUUGUAUGUUUACAUGAUGUGUGGUCCACAUGCUCUCUUGUUUUCUUUAUAGUGUAAGCAAUGGUGCUCACAGCUUGGUAACGGAGGCCCCGUGCCGGACGCGCUCAUCAAAAUGAUUGCCAACGAAGAGAUGGCCCAGAAAAAGCGGCAGAUGGAGCAGUCCAGGCGACAUUUGCAAUCGCAGCAGCUCCAAGAGCAACAAUCCUCGGUGAAUCUGUCCUGGUCGUCGUCAUCAUCGUCCUCGUCAUCAUCUCCACCACCCCUGUCCCAGCAACGUGAGACCUACCAGGGAUCCUCAUCUCAGUACCAGCAACACGUACCCAACAUUGUAGCGUCGUUACAGCAUGACAUUCAGGUUCAGCAGGGGUCACAGCAGGGGUCUCAGCAGCUCACACACCAACUGCUCGCCCUCAGACAGCCAUCGUCGGGGUCUGCCGUCUUAAAAAGACAGAUGGCGUUCGACAUGGGGCAGCAACUCGAGCGGCCCCCCGUUACAGAAACAGCCCCGACUGUCUUGACCCAGGGGGCGCCAUCGCCGCUAAUGGUUCAGAUGUCGUUGGGGAGACAGCAGCAAAGACCAGUGUCUCAGAUCCCACAAACCAGCUACCAUGCUCAGUCAGCUGGCUUUAAGACCCACCAGAAAGGUACAUUAGAACACUUAGGGUCACGUGUCAGAAGUGAACCCCCAAUGGUGUAUGGAGACUCCCCGCAGGGGGAUCUCUUCAGCGGUGACCUGCCAUCAGAUCUCCUUGACCUAGCCGGACCCAAUCUAACCGCUCGAGCUCGUUCCCUUAGCAACCCGUCAACCUUGGUCUCCCAGCGAAGACAACCCGGUUUCCCGAACGCCGUUGACACUGCCAACCCAGCCAGGACUACCUCCAACCCAUUCGGACAGUUGCCAUCUUGUCAAAGCGUGGGCUUGUUCAGUGGGUCCCUGGUCAGUGAGAAGAUGCUGCCCCUACCUCCAAUCCCUACGACCAUCACCAUAGACGACAGCAGUUCGUCGGACGAACACAUCAGCGAGACUCAGCUGUUUCGGUCGACGGCUCCGAAAAGAACUUUGCCGGACCAGCUGUUUGCCGACAGCAGCAAACGCAGCAGGCCGCAGCAGCAGCAGCCCGCACCCUAUUUGCUAUCCCAAAACACCGAUCUGUCUUCGUCGGCGGCUUAUGACCCGCAGGCGUUGCUCCGCAACUUGACCACUGUCCACUGCUACAGCUCCACCAGCACCUCCAACACCCCGUCACCGGCCGGGAGCUUGUCUCCGGCGCCCCGCCACCCGGGGAAGUCCACCCCGUCGUCAUCAACGGCCUCGUCACCGGCGCCGCUCUCGUCGCUGUCGUCCAUGCUUGAUUUCCCCACCUCACCCCUGCCUUUCUCCACUUGCUCGGCCAGCAGCCUCCCCGCCAGCCACCCGCCCGCGGUGCAGUGCUCGUCCACGGGGCUGAGCGCCACCAUCUCGGAACCCAUCCCUGAGUGGUACUCCUUCCUGGCCGAUCUCCAGGACGGCGGGCUGUCCACCCUGUCGGCCCGCCACGGGGCGUCGUCCAGCCACAGCACGCCCCUCGCCCUGACCCCGAAGGGGGUCGACCAGCCGGCCACCCCUGACCCCACGUACAUGAAUGUCCCGAACAUAAUUGAUGAGUUUUUGGAUUCUGACGAGGCCUUGUGACAUAGACUGGUGAAGCUGUUGAGUAAGAUUGAUAGUGGGUAGUGAAGAUUGUUUCUGAUUAGAAUAUUCUUAUUUUAGGGUAAAAAUCUGUCCUUGACCUUGAGCAUGACCUGACAAGAAUGACAAUUAUGUUAUGUUGGUUGUACGGCU